AUCCCCUGCAUCGCCACAAUAUUGAUCGAGAAGCGCUUCAUUUGUCUCUUCUGUGUGGGACCCGCGCGAUUCAAAACCCCAAAGCAAUAAGCUCUGUUUAGAAAAAUAAAAAGCAAUUUCCAUUAUGCGAAUGCGAUAAACAGUGUUGAAGGAUCUGUGUGGGGGUUCGAGUUGGAACAACGGAAUCGAGAUCCGUGUGUUUGUUUGUGUAGCUUUCUUUACCAGUGAAGAGAAGCGAUGGGGUUGUGGGAAUCUUUUCUCAAUUGGCUUCGCAGCCUCUUUUUCAAGCAGGAAAUGGAAUUAUCUUUGAUUGGACUUCAGAAUGCUGGGAAGACUUCACUUGUAAAUGUUAUUGCUACGGGUGGGUAUAGCGAGGACAUGAUUCCUACUGUGGGAUUCAAUAUGAGGAAAGUAACAAAAGGCAAUGUUACAAUAAAGUUAUGGGAUCUUGGAGGGCAACCUAGGUUCCGCAGCAUGUGGGAACGCUACUGUCGUGCAGUUUCUGCUAUUGUUUAUGUUGUUGAUGCUGCAGAUCAAGAUAACCUUAGCAUAUCAAAGAGUGAACUACAUGAUUUAUUGAGUAAGCCAUCAUUGAAUGGUAUUCCUUUGUUGGUAUUGGGGAACAAGAUCGACAAGCCAGGGGCUCUGUCUAAAGAAGCUUUGACUGACCAAAUGGAUCUGAAGUCAAUUACUGAUAGAGAAGUUUGCUGCUUCAUGAUCUCGUGCAAAAACUCGACUAACAUUGACUCUGUUAUCGAUUGGCUUGUAAAGCACUCCAAAUCAAAGAGCUAAGAGAUAUUUUAUUCCUGCCCUCUUCUCAUUUGCUUCUUAAUGUAAUAUCAAGUCCAAUGGGGUAUCAAACCACAAGAUGAAAUGUCAAGGUUUGUUUUAUGAGUGAAUCAUAUUGUCAUUGUCAGCUUAGUUGCAUUUUUAUAAUACUUUUCAGAACUGCAGUUGUGAGAGGAAUUGGUUGUCUAUCUCUGUAAAUUAGAUUAGAUUUUUCUAAUGGUCAGCAUUGUGUGGGUCUUGUUAUUUCCUGGGGUGUGUCAAAUACAAAUAAAUUUGAGUGGAUUCUUUUUGUCA